AUGGGUAAAGAAAAGACACAUAUCAAUAUUGUAAUCAUUGGCCAUGUGGAUUCUGGUAAAUCAACUUCAGCUGGUCAUUUAAUUUACAAAUGUGGUGGUAUCGAAAAACGAACAAUUGAACAAUUCGAAAAAGAAGCUGCUCAGAUGGGCAAAGGUUCAUUUAAAUAUGCUUGGGUUAUGGAUAAAUUGAAAGCUUCUCGAGAACGUGGUAUCACCAUCGAUAUUUCACUUUGGAAAUUCGAAACCAACGCAUAUUAUGUUACUAUUAUUGAUGCACCUGGUCACCGAGAUUUUAUCAAGAAUAUGAUUACAGGCACAUCACAAGCUGAUUGUGCUGUUUUAGUCGUUGCUGCGGCGUCAGGUGAAUUCGAAGCUGGUAUCUCGAAAAAUGGUCAAACACGAGAACAUGCUUUACUUGCCUAUACAUUAGGUGUCAAACAAAUGAUCGUUGUUGUUAAUAAAAUGGAUGCUACCGAUCCACCAUUUUCGGAAGCACGAUUCAAUGAAAUUAAAGGCGAAGUAUCGACAUAUAUUAAGAAGAUUGGUUAUCAACCGGAAAGUGUUGCUUUUGUUCCUAUUUCGGGAUGGAAUGGUGAUAACAUGAUCGAAGCAUCAGAAAAUAUGCCUUGGUAUAAAGGAUGGUCAGUUGAACAUAAAACAGGCAAUUCUACAGGCAAAACUCUAUUGGAAGCUCUCGAUGCUAUUGUUCCUCCACAACGUCCAACCAACAAACCACUUCGUCUGCCACUUCAAGAUGUCUAUAAAAUCGGUGGUAUCGGUACGGUGCCUGUAGGUCGAGUUGAAACUGGUAUACUUAAAUCUAACAUGACGGUCAAUUUUGCUCCAUCGAAUGUAUCAGCAGAAGUUAGAUCGAUCGAAAUGCAUCAUGUUAAUCUUGCUGAAGCUGUACCUGGUGAUAAUGUUGGCUUCAAUAUUCGAGGUGUUAGUGUAAAAGAUCUUCGACGUGGAUUCGUUUGCUCGGAUUCAAAAAAUGAUCCAGCACAAGAAACUGCUAACUUCGUUGCUCAAGUUAUUGUACUUAACCAUCCCGGUCAAAUUGGUGAAGGUUAUGCACCUGUACUUGACUGUCAUACAAGUCAUAUAGCAUGCAAAUUUGCUGAAUUGAUUUCAAAAGUUGAUCGUCGAUCAGGUAAAGUAAUUGAAGAGGCUCCAAAAUUUAUCAAAUCAGGUGAAGCUGCGAUGGUUAAAAUGAUUCCAACAAAACCAAUGUGUAUUGAAAGAUUUGCUGAUUAUCCACCAUUAGGUCGCUUUGCCGUACGCGAUAUGCGACAAACUGUAGCUGUCGGUGUUGUAAAGGAGAUAGAAAAGAAGGUAGUAACAUCUGGCAAAGCUUCUAAAGUGGCUGCUUCUGCUACUACCAAGGGAAACAAGAAAUAG